AUUUUCCUUUGAAUCCAGAAGUUUGCACACCUAUUCUAGAAAAUAUGUUUUCAGCUUCUGGGCCCACAGGAUUGAAAUGAACAAAACAAAUUUUAAAUGGUUUAUAGUGCUAAAGAUAUAAUUUAAGUAGGUUCUUUUAAAUGUUUUCUUGGAGCCUCAAAGAUGGAAAUGACUGGCAUGUCCCUGAAACGUGGGUAUGUUGUGGUCAAAGAUAACGACUGUGUGGGCCCAGCUGAGGAGAUAAAAAAACAGAAGGUCUCGGAGUGCUGUGUGCCCAAAGAUGGAGAUGGGCUGGACAGUGACUGUCUACCCAGCAGUGAAACAGAGCCCAAGUCACCAGAAGUUUUCAGUGAUGGGAAAGAUAAAAAGAAUUCCAGUGCCCAGCUGGAGGAAGAGGAAGAUGGCUUUUCAGAGGAGGGAGAAGAGGAGGAAGCAGAGAGCUUUGCAGAGAUGAUGAAGCAUGGGCUCACUGAGCUUGAUGUGGGCAUCACCAAGUUUGUAAGUUCUCAUCAAGGAUUCUCAGGAAUCUUAAAAGAAAGAUACUCUGACUUCAUUGUUCAUGAAAUCGGAAAAGAUGGGCAGAUCAGCCAUCUGGAUGACUUGUCUGUUCCAGUGGAUGAGGAGGAUCCUUCAGAAGAUGUUUUUUCGGUUUUGACAACUGAAGAAAAACAGCAAUUGGAGGAACUUCAGCUUUUUAAAAAUAAAGAAACAAGUGUUGCCAUUGAGGUCAUUGAGGACACCAAAGAGAAGAGAACUAUCAUCCAUCAAGCCAUAAAGUCUCUGUUUCCUGGAUUAGAGACAAAAACAGAGGACCGAGCAGGGAGGAAAUACAUCGUAGCCUACCAUGCAGCUGGGAAAAAGGCCUUGGCAAAGGUCAGAACUGCAGCAGAUCCAAGGAAACAUUCUUGGCCAAAAUCUAGGGGAAGUUACUGCCACUUUGUUCUGUACAAGGAAAACAAAGAUACCAUGGAUGCUAUUAAUGUACUGUCUAAAUAUUUAAGAGUCAAGCCAAACAUAUUCUCCUAUAUGGGAACCAAAGAUAAAAGGGCUAUAACAGUUCAAGAGAUUGCUGUUCUCAAAAUAUCUGCACAGAGACUUGCUCACCUGAAUAAGUGCUUGAUGAACUUUAAGCUAGGAAAUUUCAGCUAUCAGAAAAAUCCUCUGAAAUUGGGAGAGCUCCAAGGAAAUCACUUCACUGUCAUUCUCAGAAAUAUAACAGGAACUGAUGACCAAGUCCAACAAGCUAUGAACUCUCUCAAGCAGAUUGGAUUUAUUAACUACUAUGGAAUGCAAAGAUUUGGAACAACAGCCGUCCCUACAUACCAAGUUGGAAGAGCUAUUCUUCAAAAUUCCUGGACAGAAGUCAUGGAUUUAAUACUAAAACCUCGUUCUGGAGCCGAAAAAGGGUACUUGGUUAAAUGCAGGGAAGAAUGGGCGAAGACCAAAGACCCAGCUGCUGCCCUCAAAAAACUGCCUGUCAAAAGGUGUGUGGAGGGGCAGCUGCUUCGAGGACUUUCAAAAUAUGGAAUGAAGAAUAUAGUCUCUGCAUUUGGCAUAAUACCAAGAAAUAAUCGCUUAAUGUAUAUCCAUAGCUAUCAAAGCUAUGUGUGGAAUAAUAUGGUGAGCAAGAGGAUAGAAGACUAUGGGCUGAAACCUGUCCCAGGGGACCUUGUUCUCAAAGGAGCCACAGCCACCUAUAUUGAGGAAGAAGAUGUUAAUAAUUACUCCAUUCAUGAUGUAGUGAUGCCCUUGCCUGGUUUUGAUGUGAUCUACCCAAAGCAUAAAAUUAGUGAAGCCUACAGAGAAAUGCUGACCACAGACAACCUUGAUAUUGACAAUAUGAGACACAAAAUUCGAGAUUAUUCCUUGUCAGGGGCCUACCGAAAGAUCAUUAUUCGUCCUCAGAAUGUCAGCUGGGGAGUGGUUGCAUAUGAUGACCCUAAAAUUCCACUUUUCAACACUGAUGUGGACAACCUAGAAGGGAAACCACCACCGGUAUUUGCUUCUGAAGGCAAAUACAGGGCUCUGAAAAUGGAUUUUUCACUUCCUCCUUCUACUUAUGCUACCAUGGCCAUCCGAGAAGUGCUAAAAAUGGAUACCAGCAUCAAGAACCAGACACAGCUGAAUACAACCUGGCUCCGCUGAGGAGUGCUUGCUUUAUCUACAUGCAGACAAGUAUUUGCUUCCUCUUAAGGCAGAGCACUCAUAUGUGGAUCUUGAAUCUUUAUAGUAAAAGAUUAUUUGUAUUUUUUUAAGUUUUUAUUAGCUUAAAUAAUUUGCAGUGUUUGUACAUAUACACAAAUUUUGAGGAUCCUAAUUUUAGCUCAGAAAAUAUAAAUUGGUCAGAAUGUACUUUAGGUGCUUAAAUCAUAGUCAGAAAUAGUUUUAUGUGCUUUAUAAUAAUAACAAUGGACUUUAGUGUGAAUGUAUCAAAUAGCAAUUUUAGGUUGUGCUGCAUAUCUGAAGGACAAAAGGAAUUUUUUUUUGUUUCUCCUAGUCCUGGGGAUCGAACUCAGGAUCUUGUACUUUCAAGGUUAGCCCCAGUGCCACUGAGCUAAAUGCCUGGCCCCUGACAACAGGAAUUCUUAACACAUCAUGAGUGGAGUACACAGCAAGCGUUUUAAGAGCAAAUGCAGCAAAACAAAUUCUGAUUAUGGAUAAAUAACUCGAGAGUCCCCAGUUAUAAAUGUAGUACUCAUACUGAAUCAAAUGAUAGUAAAAUGUCUACAGGUUUAUAAACACAAAAGUGAUUGUUAGCUGGGUGUGGUGAUGCAUGCCUGUGAUACCAGCACUCUGGGAGGCUGAGGCAGGAGGAUCACAA